UUUGUUGCACAAUACUGGAUCUUCAAUGAGUUACUUUCUAUUUUUCACUCGGCAACCGGCUGCAGAUUUCACUCGGCCAACUUCGGUUACUCCUCUACACCAAACCAUGUUUCCAAACAGAGUUAUCUUUCCGUGACCCGCAAAUUAUAUUUUUAACAAUGAGUUGAAUUCUAUAGGAGGUGUUGGAACUCCCGCAAACAGUGCCGGUGGUGCAAUUGUUUGAGAAUUCUCUGAUGAGUUGUAAAGUUGGAAUUAGACCAGAUUUUUUGAUCGAUGGCAUGGUACAAGGAAAGAACGGAUCCUUUUUCACUGGCCGACUUAAUCUGGGUGGUGUGUUCCUAGCCAGAGCUAUCGGCAUCAACAAGAAAGAAAUCAAACUGUCAUGUUUCAAGAAGGCGGUGGAACUUUAUCGUACCCUUCCUGUCACUGAAAUUUUGAACCAGGAUGAUAUGACCCCAAAAGUUAUCAAGGAGAAACUGGAGAAUUUUAACUCGACCGUUGCUAAGAUGGAGAAAGAAACAAUUGCAGAGUUACCCCCACCAUCUAUUUUGAAACAGAUCCAAGAUAUUCUAACCAAUCCUAAAUAUGCUUCAACCAAUUCAAUCAGCAAAAUGGAGUUGGCGGCCUCUGUGGCUAAAUGUCGAGUCCGUUGUCGAUAUGAUGUAGAGAGUUGUAAAGCUGAAUCAGGGAAAGUUUAUCAUAAGGGCAUGUACUUUACUGACAACAUACUACAAGGUGCAGGUGUUUCAGUUUCCAAAAAAACUGCUAAGUCAUUGUGUUAUAAUAUGGUGGUUGAACGACUGACCACCAUGAAUGUUGAACAUGGCAACAUCUUAGAUGGUGUCGAACAGUCUGUCAUAACAGAAGCAGAAGCACAGGUUCAGAGCACUUUGGGAAAGGCAGCACCAAAUCCUAGGGCAUUUGAUCUCCGUGAACAGUUUGUCAAAAUGAACGAACUUAGCAGUGCCACGCAUCCUGCAUCCAUCAUUACUGUCCUGGAUGGAAUUUUCAACGAUGUAAAAUUGACGCCCAUUUGUCUGUACCGUCGUAGCAUGAACACAGAAAUAGAAAAGGAGAAAAUUUUCUGUAACCUCUAUCUAGCUGGUCAUCUCAUCAUGAUUGGUGAAGCAGAGAACCGAACAGAUGCCCAAGCAGACGCUUACUCUAAAGCCCGAGAGGUUUUGACGAACUGUGACCCCGAGUUCAUCCUCCCCCAACACAGUAAACUUCAACCACACGACCAAGCAGCAACAGAUGUUAUCGACUUUCGUGUCAAGGGCAACUGCAUUUUGGAAGAUAACUGUUCGAAUCUUCAUCGCUUACAAUGGACCCGAAAACCUAUAUCAACACUACCAGCCAAGGAUAUCGUUGUCUUUGAGGACGUCAGUUGGAUAGUAGAUCGUAAAGUUCAAGGUUUCUAUAUUUUACAACAUUCAUGUUUUGUCAACAAUAUGUUGUUGGAAUGGGAGUUUUUGGACAAUGAUGAUCGUGUAUUCAGGUUUCUGCUUACACUAAACCUGAUCAAGUGAUAGAAUCUGUCAGUUUUGAUACGUUGCUUAAAGAAGCGGAGGUGUUGAAGAAAGCUGCCGAGGAUGCAGGAGAAAAUGUUACAGCUACUACAGCUGAGGGAACUGAUUCAGAAACUGAGACCAGUGACACAGAUGUUGAAAUGA